AUGCAUUUUAUCAAAGCCUAUCUUUCAUGCUUGUGGUUAUUAGUUCUAUGUGUUGCUGUUAGUCAAUCCUUCACCGAUGAGUGUUUAGAAACAGCAUGGCCUCCGAAUCCUACGCGUUCGAUUACCACAUAUGUUGUUGAUUUGGAUGAACCGGCUCAUCAACGAUGGGCGUCAAUUGCUGCUAUGUACAAAGUUCAAAUAAAAGAUUUAGUCGAUUACAUCAAAGUAUUCGUUCUCAAAAUAUCUCCAAAAUUACAAUUUUUAAUUGAUUUAGUUGAUACAAAAUUGCCAGAAAUGGCUGACACAUUCCCGAGUCCCUAUGGUGAUGAAAUUAAAGGCAUUAGUGAAGCAUCAGGAAUUAAUUUGGGCGAAGUUGUUUUAUAUAACGUUUUCUAUGAAAUAUUUACAUUGUGUACAUCAAUUGUUGCUCAAGAUGAAAAUGGAAAAAUGUACCAUGGCCGAAAUCUUGAUUUUGGUUUACUGUUAGGAUGGGAUUUUGCAAACGAUACAUGGGCAUUAUCAGAGAAAUUAAGACCGCUAAUAUUACAAGUUAAUUUUACACAAAAUGGUCAAGUUCUGUAUAAAACAACAACCUUUGCUGGAUAUGUUGGAAUAAUUACGGGUAUCAAACCAAAUCAUUUUUCUAUCACAAUGAAUGAACGGUAUGGAAUACAAGGUGGUUAUAUUGGUUUAAUCGAAUGGAUAUUUAACAUUAAUCGACAGCAAUCCUUUGUAACAUUCGCUAUGCGUGAUAUGCUCGCAACAGCGGAUACAUUUGCUAGUGCUGUUGAAUAUUUGUCAAAAACUCCACUAUUAGCACCAUGUUACUACAUUUUAGCUGGACCUGAAGCUGGCCAAGGUGUUAUUAUAACACGUUCACGUAAAAAUGCUGAUAAUAUCACACUACUUGGCAAAGAUAAUUCAUGGUUUCUUAUUCAAACAAAUUAUGAUCAUUGGAAAAAGCCACCAUUCUACGAUGAUCGAGUAACACCAGCAACUAAUUGUAUGAAUAAAUAUGGUGCACAAAAUGUAACAUUUCCAUCCUUAUUCAAUGUAUUCUCAUCAAGACCUGUAUUAAACAAAUUAACUGUAUAUACAGCCCUAAUGGAAUUAUCAACCGGACAUUUAGAAUCUUAUUGGCAAUAUUGUGAAGAUCCGUGUUUUCCGUGGUGA